GCCUACCUAACACAGAGGAACAGAAUGGAAACACAACAAUGUCUAAGAACAGCAAACUAACAAAUCAAAGAUCACCUGAAAUUCACACUGCUGAGCACCUCCCUUCGCGCCGGGGACCACAUCCUUAAAUGACCCGCGGCUGAGGAGAGGGGGGUGUCUCCGGAUCCAGCGCCCGGAUCAUGGCAUGCUGCCCACACCGGGCAUCCAGCACUGACCAUGGGGCUCCGGUCCAGGACCGUCGUUAGCGGCUCGGACGAGCAGAAGAAGCCCUCCGGCGCUCCGCCCGGGGACUUACUGGACCAAAGCACCACAGGAGCGGACAAGGAUGGCGCCCUGCUGUUGGUGGCUCCGGGCCGGGAUGACUACAAGCGGAGCUCCCAGGGCAUCGGCAUUGGGCUGCUGGCCAAGACCCCCUUGAACUACGCCCGGCCGGCCAAGAGGAAUAACAUCCGCAAGAGGAAGAUCCAGAACCUGAUCUACGACGCGCUGGAGAGGCCGAGAGGAUGGGCGCUGCUCUACCACGCGUUCGUGUUUUUAAUCGUUCUGGGCUGUUUGAUUCUGGCCAUACUGACCACAUUCAAGGAACACGAGAACGUGUCGGCACACUGGCUGGUCAUACUGUCUUUUACGCGAGGUUUUGUCUGCUGUGUUUUCGGCUCAGACAUCUUCGUGCUGAUUGCCUCGGUGCCGGUGGUGGCGGUGCGUAACCAGGGAAAUGUGCUGGCCACGUCCCUGCGCAGCCUGCGCUUCCUGCAGAUCCUGCGGAUGCUGCGCAUGGACCGGAGAGGAGGGACGUGGAAGCUGCUGGGCUCCGCCAUCUACGCGCACAGUAAGGAGCUGAUCACAGCCUGGUACAUCGGCUUCCUGUCUCUCAUCCUGGCGUCCUUCCUUGUCUACCUGGUGGAAAAGGAUGACGCCUCUGUGAGCAUGUCUGACCAGGAGAACCCCACGGCCCAGCCCAAAGAGCAGGACUUUGACACCUACGCUGAUGCGCUUUGGUGGGGGCUGAUCACACUGACCACCAUCGGCUACGGGGACAAAACCCCAAAGACCUGGGCUGGGAGGCUGCUAGCCGGCACCUUCGCUCUGAUCGGAGUGUCCUUCUUCGCUUUGCCUGCAGGUAUUCUGGGCUCGGGCCUGGCUCUGAAGGUCCAGGAGCAGCACAGACAGAAGCACUUUGAGAAGCGCAGACAUCCGGCUGCAGGCCUCAUCCAGUCUGCCUGGAGAUAUUAUUCCACCAAUCCAAUCAGGGAAGACCUUAUUGCCACUUGGAGGUUUUACGAAACUGUCAUCUCUCUUCCCUGUUUCAGGAAGGACACCUUGGAGGUCAUGGCGAGCCAGAAACUGAGUUUACUCGAGCGUGUUCGCCUUCCUAAUUCAAGACCGUCUGUGGUGGCAGUAAAGAAGCUGACAGGAAACGCAGACUCCAUCGAGGAGAGUCCCUCCAAGGAGCCCAAACCUGGUGGCUUCACUAACCGGGAACGCUUCCGCACUGCCUUCCGAAUGAAGGCCAACACACUCCGCCAGAGCUCUGAAGAUGCCGGAGGUGUGGCAGAUCCAGCCUUAGAGGAACGGGGUUUCCCCCCUGACAUCCUCCUGGAGGAGAUGAUCCCCACACUGAAACUGGUCAUCAGGGCAGUCAGGAUCAUGCAAUUCCUCUUGAACAAGAAGCGGUUUAAGGAAACUCUGAGGCCUUAUGAUGUCAAAGAUGUUAUCGAGCAGUACUCUGCUGGACACCUGGACAUGCUCUGUAGAAUUAAAUACCUCCAGACGAGGAUUGACAUGAUUCUUGCCCCUGGACCUCCUCUCACCCCAAAACACAAGAAAACUCAGAAAACACCCUUUACUUACCCGCCCAACCAGUCACCCAGGCAUGAGUCCUACAUAGCCAAAGCCACAUCCAUGCCAGAUGCGGAAGACCAAAGCAUGAUGGGCAGAUUUGUCAGGGUGGAGAGACAGGUGGAGGACAUGGAAAAGAAGUUGGACUUCCUGGUGGACAUGCACAUCCAGCACACUGAGCACCUGCAGGUGGACUCUGCCGGCUCUGCCCGCAUGACCCUGGAGACCUGCAAUCCUACGGCAAACGGUGAGAUCAGACGGGUUUUCCUCAACUACGCCGAGGCGUUCCCACACAUGUACCAGGUGCCUGUCAGCAAGGCGAACCCCUAUUAUGGCCGUGGAAGAGGAGGCAGAGAAGGGGUGGGGUUGGCAGGAGGAGUCGGCAUUGCCCCUUCGGUUCAUCAACCCCAACCCCCACCUUCAGCAAUCAUCCCCACUUACACCGAGCGUCCCACAGUGUUGCCCAUCAGCUCCCUGCAGGACUUGUCAGGGGGACUGGGUAGGACCACAAGGGGGCAAGGUGGUGACUCACCGCUCUCCAUGCUAUCGGUUAACCAUGAGGAGCUGGAGCGCUCGCCCAGUGGAUUCAGCAUCUCUGGGGAGCGGGAAGGGGAGAACUUCUCAAUGGGGGCCGGUUUGGCGCCCGGGGACCCUGGCUGGACGAGACCCAGGCCGAGCUACCUGGCGGAGGGGGAGACGGACACAGACACAGACCCUUUCACACCAAGCGGGGGCCCCCUGCCUCUCUCCUCCACUGGUGAGGGAUUCGGCGACGCUGUGUGGACCAUGCCACCCUGAGAGGAAACAAAUUCGGCGCAGAUAUCCACCACUCUGAGUUAAGAUAUUAAAUUCAACCCAAGCCUCUAAACCCAAGCCCUGGGUCAAAGCCACCGCUGUGGACUGAACGUCUGGGGAGGUUAAGUUGGAUCUUAUCCGAGAUAAUCGACCUUCAGAGGCCACCGCAGAUCUCAUCAUGCCGUCCACGGUCCAGUCAGAGAGCCAUGGCGCUGAGACUGGCCAGAAAAAAAAAGAAAAAGGGAAACCACACCGUUUGUAAAGUAACUCUGUACAGCGCACUCUCCGCAAAAGUUUAGCUGACAUAAAAAAAGAACAAUAAUAUACAUACUAUAUACACCCAAAAGCUUUAUUGCUGCAAAGCCAACCGCACUGCAUGUAACGCAUGCGAUUUUUAGUGUAGUCACUGCAAAGUUCAGGAUAUCAGGAAAAGGAAAAAGAGAACGAAUGGUUACGUAUACUUGCUAUGCCAUUUUGUAACACUUAUUUUUUUAUAUGAAUACAUUUUCAUUGUUUUUGCAUGGUUUGCAUGAUAAUGCACCACUGUAGGAGUUGACGAUUAGAAGGUGAUCCUGGAACCAAAAGUCUCCUGUCUCUAGUUGUUUGGUGUGUGUGUGUGUGUGUGUGUGUGUGUGUG